AUGUCUGUGAACAUUAUCUUGAUUUGUGUCGUUUUGUUGAUUAUUCAACAUUCUGUAGCCAGUCUCAAUUGCUACUUCUGCGUUGGAGGCACUGACGGUUGCGGUUCAAAAUUCAAUUCGAAAGGCAGUGGAGUCGUUCAGCUUGAAGCCAGUGCAAAUCUUGUGUGUAUGAAAAGUGUACAUUCUACCAAUCCGGAUAACAUAGAUCGAUGGGCAUACAUUGCUCCUUGUACAACUUAUAUUACACCUGGCUCAUCUCUGUCCGAUGAGACUACUAGUUACUGUUGUGAUACAGAUCUAUGCAAUGGUGCUCAAAUCAAAUCAGCUAGUAUUACGAUUGGAUUAGCAUUGGUAGCACUGGUUCUCUUUUACUGCAAAUGA